GAGUCAUGCGCACAGCGGCGCGCUCCGGCAGUCGCACGGCCAUGUUCACGUCCCGCGUACGCACACUCGCGUAGCACACACCAGCACACGGCAAUCGGCGAGGCGCUGGCGGGUGUCUCGGUUCGUGUUCCAUAGUCGAUCGAGAGUGUAAAUUCGUCGGGCGCAGCGGAGACUGCGAGAGGCGUGUUAUCGUGCGGUGUGAGAAGCGCAUAACCAACCGCCGCCAGGAUGUCGGGCAACCAGGGCAUGGGGCAGCUGAUUCCCAUCGUGAAUCGGCUGCAGGACGCCUUCACGUCGCUGGGAGUGCAUAUGACGUUGGACCUGCCGCAGAUCGCUGUUGUGGGCGGACAGUCAGCGGGCAAGAGUUCGGUGCUGGAGAACUUCGUCGGCAGGGACUUCCUUCCCCGUGGCUCUGGUAUUGUGACGAGGCGUCCGCUUAUCUUGCAGCUCAUAAAUUCACCCACUGAACAUGCCGAGUUCUUGCACUGCAAAGGCCGGAAGUUUGUGGACUUUGUUGAAGUGCGCAAAGAAAUCGAAGAUGAAACUGAUCGCGUCACUGGAAGCAAUAAGGGCAUUUCUAACGUGCCCAUUAACUUGAGAGUGUAUUCACCUAACGUGUUAAAUCUCACAUUGAUUGAUUUACCUGGCUUGACAAAAGUACCUAUCGGCGAUCAGCCGGCUGACAUUGAGGCGCAGAUUCGCGGCAUGAUUAUGCAAUUUAUCAAACGCGAGUCGUGCUUGAUUCUUGCCGUCACUCCGGCCAAUACUGAUUUGGCAAACUCUGAUGCACUCAAAUUGGCCAAAGAUGUUGACCCACAAGGUAUACGUACAAUUGGUGUAAUCACCAAGUUGGAUUUGAUGGACGAUGGUACCGACGCGCGCGAUACACUUGAAAAUAAACUAUUGCCGCUGCGUCGUGGUUACAUUGGCGUAGUAAACAGAUCACAGAAAGACAUUGACGGGCGCAAGGAUAUUAACGCUGCAAUGUCCGCUGAGCGGCAGUUUUUCCUCAGCCACCCGUCCUAUCGUCACAUGGCCGAUCGUCUUGGCACACCCUAUUUGCAACGCGUUCUCAACCAGCAGCUGACGAAUCACAUCCGUGAUACACUGCCUGGUUUGCGCGAUAAACUGCAAAAGCAAAUGCUCACACUUGAGAAGGACGUGGAACAAUUCAAACACUUCCGACCUGAUGAUCCAUCAAUUAAAACAAAGGCUAUGUUGCAAAUGAUUCAACAACUGCAGUCGGACUUUGAGAGAACUAUCGAAGGCUCCGGCUCAGCGUUGAUCAACACGAAUGAAUUAUCAGGUGGCGCGAAGAUCAACCGUUUGUUCCACGAACGUUUCCCCUUCGAGAUUGUCAAGAUGGAAAUCGAUGAGAAGGAAUUACGCCGGGAGAUUUCGAUCGCAAUUCGAAAUACUCACGGUAUUCGCGUUGGUCUCUUCACUCCGGACAUGGCUUUCGAAGCAAUCGUUAAGAAACAGAUUAGUCGUUUGAAGGAACCGUCAUUAAAGUGUAUUGACUUGGUUAUUAUCGAAUUGUCGAAUGUUGUGCGAACCUGCACGGAGAAAAUGAGCCGCUAUCCUCGUCUGCGCGAAGAAACCGAACGCAUUAUCACUAGCUACAUUCGUACACAAGAUCAGCUCUGCAAGGAUCAAAUCCUUUUGCUUGUCGAUUGUGAACUGGCCUAUGUGAAUACCAAUCACGAGGAUUUCUUAGGUUUUGCAAAUGCACAGAAUCAGUCGGAGAGUCAUCAGUCGAAAGCAGGCACGCGCCACGCCUUAGGCAACCAAGUCAUCCGCAAAGGGUACAUGACUAUCAACAAUCUUGGCUUGAUGAAGGCGCGCGGUUAUUGGUUUGUGUUGACUUCGGAGAGUAUUUCAUGGUUCAAGGAUGAAGAAGAGCGUGAAAAGAAGUACAUGCUGCCGUUGGAUGGAUUGAAACUUAGGGAUAUCGAACAGGGUUUCAUGUCGCGUCGUCAUACAUUCGCCAUUUUCAGCCCAGACGGUCGUAAUGUCUACAAGGAUUUCAAACAAUUGGAAUUGGGAUGUGAGACAACUGACGACGUGGAUUCCUGGAAGGCGUCGUUUUUGCGCGCUGGUGUCUAUCCCGAGAAGCAAACGGAGGCGAUGAAUGGCGAAGAGGCACAAGAACAGAGCAACACAUCGACCGAUCCGCAUGUGGAGCGACAGGUGGAGACAAUCCGCAACUUGGUUGACAGCUACAUGCGUAUUGUUAACAAAACAACAAAGGAUUUGGUUCCGAAGUGCGUGAUGCUGCUCAUUGUCAAUCGUGUCAAAGAGUUUAUCAACAGCGAAUUGUUAGCUCAUUUGUAUGCUAGCGGAGAUCAGGCUUCCAUGAUGGAGGAAUCUCCAGAGGAAGCACAGAAACGUGAAGAAUUGUUGCGCAUGUACCACGCUUGUAAGGAAGCGCUGCAAAUCAUUGGCGAUGUAUCGAUGGCAACCGUUUCUACGCCAGUACCUCCACCAGUUAAGAAUGACUGGCUGGCCAGUAGUUUAGACAAUCCGAGAUUGUCGCCGCCCAGUCCGGGCGGACCUAGGAAACCAACGCCGCAAGGCCCAGCAGGAAUGGGUGCACGCGCGCCGCCAGUUCCACCCAGCUCCGGCAGGCCAGCACCCGCCAUCCCUAAUAGACCCGGAGGUGGAGCACCGCCUAUGCCACCCGGCAGACCAGGCGGUCAAGGCCUACCAGCCCCACUCAUCCCCACCCGACCCGGCAGCGGCGGCCAGGGGGGCGUCCAGAUUCCCCAACAGGUGCAGAUGGCGGUGGGACGUGCUGUCACCCAAGCAGCAGUCAACGAAUUCACCAAUGCCUUCAAGUUCCACAAUCGUCCUGUGCCUAAUAUUCCCCCGCGGAUUCCGGACCGACCGUAUUCGACGGGCAGGCCAAAUUAAAUGCUCCUGACUGUUCGACGGACAACUCCCGCACUCGCACAGCAAUUUGUCCCUAAACUAGGAGGCGCCACUGGACGUGGUGGUUGCAGUAUAAUGAUGGUGCAAGCAACAUGUGAAUACACGAAACGUUUGUGUGAUUUUAUUGUUGUGAACAUGCGUUGCUAUUCAAUUGUGCUUGAUGUUUACGAGAAGAGUGUUUCUUCUGGGCACACACGAUUGAUGGACAAUGAAGAGAUUUGCAAUUUUGUAAAUAUUAUCGUCGAUAAUAUUCUUUUAUAAACUGUUUAUAAUUAUUUGAUUUUAUUAUCGCCACGUCUUAUUUAGUUUAUUAUUUCUUUUCUGUUUCUGGGUGGCGCAUUAUAGCUAAUUUAAACGAUUUAAUUGAUUGCUUAAUGUAACGCGAUGACAAACGAGACGGAUGCACGCGGCGCGCACACAGAGCGAGAAGAACUGCUAGCGGCGGGAUUUUUGUACAACUAGUCUGAUUGUAUAGUAUUAUUUGUAUAAUAUUUUCGUAAGAUACGCCUCUUAUUUCAGGUACUGUAAGUUAACAAACAAGAUUAUUACUUUUUA